GUUCCGUCCUUGUUAUGUACUAGUAAAACGUUUUCGUCUUCCGUUCGAGACUUAUACGAGAGUGCAAUCUGCUUCUACAACCAUGAAGAUCAUCGCCAGUCUUCUCUUCCUUUUCUCAAGCCUGGCCGCCGCCCAAUUUCAAUUCUUCGAGCAAUUCUUCCAGGGGGGACAGCAAGCUCAAGGACAACAAGAGAAACAAAACGUCCCGAGUGACUCGAGCUGGUAUCGACAAAAUUGGGAGGGCGCAACGUGCUCGAAUUAUCUAUGUCCAGACACCCUGGCAUGUGUGCACUUCCCGCACCAUUGUCCAUGCCAAUUUCCAGAUGUGGAGGAAAAGGUCGAAUUGAGUGAUGGCAUCGCCGUCUGCGCCAGCAAGGGAGGCUUCAAACCCGGCGAAGCUGUGCGGAAGAUUGAGUUGGCGAGAAAAGGUCUGAUUUGAU